AUGUCUGGCUAUCCUCCCCCAAUUGGCUUCUCGUUGGACGGGCAACCGGGCUAUCCCGGCUAUCCCCCCAAUCCAGCUCAAGGUUUCGGAGCACCUCCGGGCCCCGGAUACCCAGCACCUCAGGGUCCCGGAUACGGUGCACCU